UUUAAAUAAAGCUUCAGCUGAACGCGUGGGUGAUACUUCUGGAAGGAGCGUGUGAUACGCGAAAGUAGCGCUGCCUUAUUUAAAGGGUUAAUUUUAAACACACUCAGUUGAACUUAUUUUUCUAUCUAUAUUAAAUAUUACGGGUAUCGAUUGAAGCCCUGGGAAGAUGGCAGAAAGUGACUGGGACACCGUGACCGUCUUGAGGAAGAAGGGGCCGACCGCUGCCCAGGCCAAAUCCAAGCAGGCUGUCACCACUGCUCAGAGACGCGGGGAGGAAGUCGAGACAACCAAGAAAUGGUCUGCAGGGCAAAACAAACAGCACCUUGUGACAAAGAACACAGCCAAACUGGACCGGGAGACUGAGGAGCUACACCAUGACAGGGUUACCCUGGAGGUGGGCAAGGUCAUCCAGCAGGGCAGGCAGGACAAAGGCAUGACCCAGAAAGACCUGGCCACUAAAGUUAAUGAGAAGCCUCAAGUUAUUGCGGACUAUGAGUGCGGGAGAGCAAUUCCCAACAACCAGGUCAUGGGCAAGAUAGAGAGAGCGAUUGGGCUGAAACUGCGUGGGAAGGAUAUUGGCCUACCCCUGGAGGCAAAACCCAAGAAGAAAUGAACACAAAGCCUCGAAAUCAGCCCCCCCAGGUCCCAUCUUUCCCAGUUUCCGAAACCUGAACCACUUCCUCACACCACCUCCAAGAACCCUCAAAAUCUCUCCUCCUCUCUCCCCCGUCCCUUCCUCUACCUGGGCUGAUCUCACCAGUGUCCUGCCCGAGGACCUGGUGCUCCACUGCAUUACAUGCUGCAUACUGACAAGUCAUCAGAAAAUCCUUUCUUGACCACAUAAUCGAAUGAGCGAAUGCAUUUUUCAGCAUCACAAACUCGAGGUUGUGUGUAUUUCUUUUCACUCACGUCUGCUUAGGCUUUGGCAUGAUGAAUUCAACUUUUUGAUAGUGAUGUAAAAUCAUAAAAGGUGAAUUUGUUUUCAUGGCCAAACCAUCUAGUUUGACUAACGUUAAUUCUGAGCAUGAUGUUAAGCCCAAAGUGCUUGAUUGCAUCUUUUUUUCACACACGUUAAGACAGUGGGUGAAUGUCAUUACAGUGUUGAAAUGCUGUGCUUUGUUUUGAUCUGAAAAUAAAGUUUGGCAGUUCAUGA